AUUGCGGAAGCUUGCUUUGUCCUUCAUCGCAAUCAUCUUUGUCACCAUGGGUAAGCCACGCGGGAGAAAGGGUAACAGAGGCGGCGGCGCAGGUCGCGAACGCCAAAACUGGCAGGCAGUCGCCAAAGAGAACGAGAAAUUCGAGAGCUACUAUAACCAGCAGGGGUUUAUCCCGGAGGAGGAGAGGGAGGCUUUCUGGGAAGCCAUCAGGAGAGAUCUUCCCAACAGCUUCCGUUUCACUGGCUCAAGAGGCCAUGCUCUGGCCGUCCAGGAAAAGCUCAAGAACCACUAUGUCCCCGAAAUCACCUCCAUCAAGUAUGAGGGCAACUUCGUCGAGCCACCCCGUGCGAUCCCCUGGUACCCCGACCAGCUCGCUUGGUCCAUGACGACUCCCAAGCAAGUCAUCCGGCGCUUCGCACCAUUCUCCUCCUUCCAGAAGUUCCUCGUUGCCGAGACUGAAGUUGGCAACAUCAGCAGACAGGAGGUUGUCAGCAUGAUCCCCCCUCUUCUGCUCGACGUCAAGCCCGGCAUGGUCGUGCUGGACAUGUGCGCUGCCCCCGGCAGCAAGUCUGCACAGCUCAUGGAGAUGAUCCACGCCGGAGAAGAGGAGGCUAUGCGACAGGUUACGGAGCAGGUGGAGAAUGGUACUGCCUCCGCUGAACCUAUGGGCCCCGAGGGUCUCAGUGACGAUGGCAGAACUACGGGCCUGUUGAUCGCCAACGAUGCCGACUACAAGCGCGCGCACAUGCUUAUCCAUCAGAUGAAGCGACUUAGCUCCCCGAACCUGAUUGUCACCAACCACGAUGCUACCAUGUUCCCCUCGAUCAAGCUGCCAUCGCCUCCUAGCACCGACGGAAAGCCCUCCAAGAACCGUUAUCUCAAGUUUGAUCGCAUUCUGGCCGAUGUGCCCUGCACUGGUGACGGAACUGCUAGAAAGAAUUGGGGUGUCUGGAGGGAUUGGAACUUCAACAACGCUCUGGGACUGUACGCUACUCAGGUCCGGAUCCUUGUCCGUGCUUUGCAGAUGUUGAAGGUCGGCGGUCGUGUCGUUUAUUCGACCUGCAGUUUGAACCCCAUCGAGAACGAGGCUGUUAUUGCUAGCGCGCUGGAACGCUGCGGUGGCUCGGCCAAUGUUCGCAUCGUCGACUGCAGCAAUGAGCUUCCUGGACUGAAGAGAGCCCCUGGCUUGCGGACGUGGAAGGUCAUGGAUCGUGAGGGUCGUAUGUACAACAGCUGGAAGGAAGUUGAGGAGCGGAAGGAGAGUGAAGGCAUCAACGGCCUUGGCCGGGUUGCCGAGGGAAUGUUCCCGCCUACCGAGGACCUGCCUCUUGAAAGAUGUAUCCGUGUCUACCCCCACCAGCAGGACACCGGUGGUUUCUUCAUCACGGUUCUUGAGAAGCUGACUGAGAUCCGUGCCAAGCCGGAAGAUUCCUCCAAGGUUAUCCCUAAGGCUUCGAUUGCCGCGCUCACUGAGGAGCUCGACUUCAAGCAGAAGAAUGGAGACGCACAGCCCCUCGAGAAGCUGAAUGCGUUGGACGACUUGGUCGCUCCCGACCAGGAGGCUUUGAUGGAAGCGGAGAAGAACGCAUCCGUUGCUCAGGCUACCCACCAACUGCCCUACUCUGCCACCAACCAAACCUCCCCUGCCAAGAGGGACGCCGAAGGCAUGGAAGACGAGCUCCCGUCUAAGAGGACCAAGCUUGAGGAUGGCACCGAGGUCGUUCUGGGAGACCGUCCUGUUCAUGCUCCUGCACCCGAGGCCGAGUCCGAGAACGUUGAGACGUCCGAUGCGACCCCGGCGCCUACUGCGACUGCGCCUGCACAGUCUCAGUCUCAGCCCCCGCAGAAGCGGAAGAAUGGCCAGCCGGUUGAGGAGCCAUUCAAGUACCUGGACACUAACCAGGAAGAGCUCGAUCCGAUCUACAAGUUUUACGAGAUCUCUGAGCGGUUCCCUCGGGACCGUUUCAUGGUGCGCAACGCAGAGGCGGUUCCUGCCAGGACAGUCUACUACACCAGCGCUCUGGCUCGCGACAUUCUCGUCGCGAAUGAGGGACAGGGCAUGAAGUUCGUGCACUGCGGUGUUAAGAUGUUUGUCAGACAGGAUGUGCAGCAUCCUGAUGUGUGCCGCUGGCGUAUCCAGACAGAUGGGCUGAAGAUCCUCGACCCGUGCCUGGGCCCUGCUAGAGCGCUCACCCUGACUAAGAAGGAGACCUUGCGGAGGCUGCUUAUCGAAAUGUUCCCUAGGGUCGACGGUGAUGCCUGGACAGAGCUUGGAGAAAUCGGAGAGCGCAUUCGGGACAUCCCGAUGGGCUGCAGUAUCCUCCACAUCAGACCCGAUGCUGGCGAGGAAGGCUUCCACGAGCGAAUGGUCCUUCCCCUGUGGCGGUCUUUGCACUCCGUCAACCUCAUGCUUCCCAAGGAAGAUCGUCGCGCCAUGCUCCAGCGUCUGUUUAACGAUGAUACCCCUCUGGUUAACACUACGCAAAAGCGGCAGGCACAGUCAUCGACACCGGUGACUGAGCCUGUCAAAGGAGAAGAGACUCCGGUUGAGGCUCCCGCGCAGACAGAGGAAGAUGUGAUCAAGUCUGAGAAUCUCGCCCUGGGCGAAGACGAGCAGGAGCAGAUGGACACGCGCGAGACCUAUACGAAGGCCGAUGGUGAGGAGGAUCGAUUCAACACAACUGUAUAAAUCGAUAGGAGAUUUCUUGAAUAUAUACCGCCAGUUUAAUUGAAUUAAA